AACUUGAGCUUUUGCCGACCAUCGUACGGGCACGCACACGAGAAGUCCCAUUGCAGUAUCGUCGUCCUCCGAGCAAGGGGAUGAUUGAGUGGAUACGAAGAUUGAGGAAGGAUGAAUGAGUGGGGCUUCUGGGGAGUCGAAAGCCUCAUCGCAUGAACGUGGCAGCUUUUGAAGACUCGAUGAGCUGCUUGUGUUGUUGUUUGCGGCGGUGAAAUGGCUCUUCCAUGCAAGGUCAAUGGCUCCAACUUGACAUGGGUUCGACAGAUAUUCCAUCGAACUGACUGCCACUACGGGGCCCGAAGGUGUCGUUAACCAGGGCAGGUCCAAGUGUGAGGAUGGUAUCGAUCCAUGAAGCGUAUAUACGCUCGGUAUAAAAACAUCUUCUCGAGCCAACCUUUCGAAUUCGAGGUCUUGUGAUAUUCUGCGACAUGACGAUCGAAAGCAUGUCAUCGAAGUCUGCCACCUCACUCAAUUUACAACUUCAGAUGCGAUUCUUACGAAAAGUAUAAUUUCAUAGAAGCCGGAGCAGAUCUGCCAUACAAGUUGCUUCGUGACUAAAUUUUGAGGUCCGAGACUCUGGAUCAUAAACUCAUUUUUCAAUGCAGCGUAUCCCGGUUUGACAGAAUUUUUUGAGGACGCAAAUCCUUCAUAAUAAGGAAUACUUGCUUGGACUUGUCGAUUGUGAUCAUCAAAUGUGUAAACGACUUCCUGAAAUCCUUGGUUCAGUUUCAUGACGAGGAGAGGAGCUGUUUCAUGGAAGGCCAUCGACGUCUACUACGAGGUAACAAUGUGUUACAACGAGGCUGUUCAUGCCGAAAGCCAGAUCGAUCGAUGGAGUCGUAUUUGGGUGACGGUGGAAAAUUACGCUGCGUCCGCGGUGCAGGUUAGAUGGCCAGAGGCGGCGAGCGGGAAAGGAGCUGCUGCAACAGCCAGGCUCAUCGUGUCACAGGGCGUGAAGGUCAGAAUUGCAGAGAUUGCAUCAGACGCUGGAAAGAAGAUCAGCUCAAAAGUGGGCUUCGACGACCACAACUUCCAUUCCGACGUGACCAAAGAGGCCGAUGUUGCCGGGGCGGUGGUGGGUUAGGCCAUCUCGACGUGGAGGCACCUCGAAAUCAGAUUCAACAACGCGGGAGUCGGAGGUACUCUCGACGUCCUUUCGACUUCGUCGUCCAUUCGGAUAUGGACGAGGUCGAGAAAGUGAUCCCCGUGCACGUCAAGCUGAGAGCGCUAGCGGCAACGCUGCAACGCAUUGGCAGGCCAAUAGGGACUGCAUUUGACCGAUUCUGCCAUGGCAACAGCCCCAGCACAGUGCUCUCGCGGCCGGCGUCGCGGUGGCACCAUGUCCAGAGUCCAAACAGUUGCCGCUUGUGUCACGGUUGGCUUCGGCCUGCUUGCAUCGAGAUCUGGCCAUAAUCGACAGAUUUUUCUUACUCCCCAGAUCUGAUCCUCGAAACUUGCCCGCCAGCUUUGAGACUCGCACUUCUUGACUGGCCAGUUGCAUACCUCGUCUCGCCUUUCGGUGGCACCCUCUCCCUCAAUCCUUUGGAACAAACCGCAAGCUCUGCCUUGAACCGAUUGACUAUGGUGAUGUACGGUCAUAUCCUAGCGAGUGGCCACAGUCACAUUCCUAAACCUCCGGCCGGUUUGCGCAGAUCAUUCAGGAUGAGGGAGGGAGGCCAUAUCCACGGACGGGGCCAUCGAUGUCAGUCAGGUUGUACUGACCCUGGGUUCUGCUGGCCAGUCGAUAACUCGAAUCGGUUGAUUCAGCUGGUUCAGGGCCACUUGAUAUCCCGAUUAAUAUCGGCCAAUUCGGUUGAACUUGCUAAUCGCAUCGGCCGGCACCGGAGGUGCAAUGCCAUGGCUGAAAUUGGAGGUGGCCCGGAGGUAUUUAGAUGGCAUGUUGAGCGAGUGAAGAGUUCCGUGGCCGGGCAGAGAAUUGAUGUGCCCGAUGAUGAGUACGAUGAUCUCUGCGGGCAAGGAAAUGAUUCUCUUCACAGGAAGCGCAACUUCGGGGACGUCGGUGUUCGCAGCGGCCAAAGGCACAGUAAUGGGCAUCAUGAACUCCUGAGCUGCCGAGCUCGGCAUUCACGGGAUCCGAGUGAAAUCCAUAUUCCCCCAUACGGGGACCACCUCGAUGAGCAUUGCACAACUUCAAGCACACAGUGAAGCUAAACUUCAUGGUCGAUAGAAUCAGGACCUGCUGGCUGCGAACAGCAAAAUCCCAGGAUCCGCUCUCACCGUGGACUGAGUGACAGCUGCAGCGAUUACGCCGCUUACAUAGGCAGCUACAAUCUGGUGGUCGAUGGGACCUUUUUUCUGUGACCAAGCCCUACGACAGGAACAGCUUGAACUCGGCUCUGCAGAAAUCGGUGGCUCCCAAACGCAAAGCGGAGCUGGAGCCAGGAGAAAAUCGGACCGGCAUAACUCGAAUCCGUCUUAGCUGAAAAAGGAGCGGGAGGAGGAGGAGGAGGAGGAGAAGCUGGCGCAGAAGAAUGCCAGAGAUGAGGAGAGGAAGAAGAGCUGGAGACCACAGUUCGUGAGUGAUUCCACUCAUCGUAGAAGUAUUUGACGAUGGAGGUUGUUUUGAACUGACAUUCAGGCGGGAGCUGCUGCUGCAUCUCUCGUAGGACGUUCGGAGCAUUGAAAAGGGUAAGGUAAAGGACUGGGGUACAUGUGAGUGAGGUACCAACGCAAACAGCAUCUUCCCAUUAUGUGGCAGACCUGAAGAAUGAGAGACUUCUAACACUAUCUCUGUCCGAGGCUCUACAGCUGUCGGAAAUGCAGAGUCAAACAUACUAGAGGACACGGCCGAAGUCUUUGGUGGCACAAGACCUUGAACAUUGAGGAUAUCUGGUCUAUCGAAGCUGAAGUAUCCUUCAGAACCUCCAAUUAGAAGUACUGAUCAAUAAAAAUUGGGCUCUAUACUUUCAGCCGUAGGAUUCCGAGUCUUCGGGUGUGAUUUCCGAGAAGUUCGAUUGCUCUUCCCCCGAAAUUAUCCAUUUCCACGGAAGACUGUGAAUCAGCGACGGGACCUUUCGUGAGACUGGGGUACGAGAAAGGUUUAACUGUUUCCAGGUUACGAGGAAGUAAAAUUCCGUUAGGAAACAUGGAGUCAACGCACAGGAAGUUUACUCACAGUACGGACAAUAUGCAUCACAAUCACUGAUCGAAUUAUCACCGUAGACAUUAAUUCCUGCUCACAUUAAAGCCCAAACCCGUACGAAUGAUUUGAGCUAUCAAUCAUGCUGUGGUCAGUAUUCUGAUCAGCUGAUCUCUUGUUCUGAAGUUUGUCUACUGAAAAGUGCCCCCAGUACGUAUAACUUCUUCUCGAAAGGAAUUAAUCAGUUUGAGGCUUUAGGCUUUAGGCUCCAAAA